AUGCCACAAAACGCUCUAAACAUGUUCCGACUCGAGCAGAUGGGCAGCCCAACUAGCGAGGGUCAUUCUAACACAUCUCGGCACGCCGCUCGUCACUCACUUGAGGCAAACCUUCUUUACAGUGCCGAGGGAAGCCACGAAGGUAUGACUGCAACCUCGUCAAACCGUCCAAAUUCUCUGCAGUCAUCAUACUCUACCAAUGACCUCCCUACUGUAAAGGGCGAUGGAUUCAACCCUGCCAUCACACCCCCAAAGACUCAUGCAGAACAUUUCCAGCAACACAAUGCCAACAUGGGUCGAAUUCCUGCAAGUGCUGUCAACACCCGUCAGCAGAAGGAUUCACCAGAACGCGAUGACCCAAACAUGCAGGGAUCCCGGUCUCAGCAGACCACUUUACAGCCUAAUGCAACACCCUUUGGGCCGCAACUCACUUCGGCUGCCAGCAUCAGCACUGCUGCCCCGGCCUCUUUGGGCACUUUCCAGCAGCCCUUUUAUGGUUACGGCGUCCAGCCUUACAUGGGAAAUCCCCUCCCGGUGAACGGGCAACUUCAGAGCUAUAAUCCUGGCGCUUCCUAUGGUGCAUUUCCCGCCUACGGCAAUUACCGUCUUGCUGAAGGUCCAGCAAAGACUAUGGGAUCUCGCCGCAGCAACGGUGAAGGGGAGUCCGCCCAAUUAUCUCGCUUCACUAAUUUUCCAUUGGAGCACUAUCGGGGUGAGCUGUAUGGUCUCUGUAAAGACCAGCAUGGGUGCAGGUACUUGCAGCGGAAGCUAGAGGAGCGCAACCCGGACCACGUCCAGAUGAUCUUUGACGAGACGCAUUUGCAUGUUGUGGAGCUAAUGACCGAUCCUUUUGGUAAUUAUCUGUGCCAGAAGUUGCUUGAGUACUCCAAUGACGAGCAGCGUACAGCGCUGAUCAACAACGCUGCGCACCAACUUGUGAAGAUCGCACUGAAUCAACAUGGUACUAGGGCUUUACAGAAGAUGAUCGAGUUCAUAUCAACCCCUGAACAGACACAAACCGUGAUCCAUGCUUUGGAAGAUCACGUUGUGGAGUUGGUUCAAGAUUUGAAUGGUAAUCAUGUGAUUCAGAAGUGCCUGAAUCGUCUCUCUGCGGAAGACGCCCAAUUCAUCUAUGAUGCUGUGGGUGCUAAUUGUGUUGUGGUCGGCACUCACCGUCAUGGAUGUUGCGUUCUUCAGCGCUGUAUUGAUCAUGCUUCUGGUGAGCAGAGGGCUCGUCUAAUCGCGCAGAUCACAUCCAACGCUUUUGCCUUGGUCCAAGAUCCUUUUGGAAAUUACGUGGUGCAGUACAUCUUGGAUCUGGCCGAGCCUCAUUUCACCGAACCCCUUUGUCAGACGUUCCGUGGAAAUAUUCCCGCCUUAUCAAAGCAAAAAUUUAGCUCUAACGUUAUCGAAAAGUGUCUUCGCACCGCCGACGGCCCGGUUCGAGGCCAACUCAUCGAGGAGAUGCUCUCAGGCAGUGAGCUGGAGAAAAUGCUCCGAGAUUCCUUCGCUAACUAUGUUGUGCAAACUGCCAUGGACUUCGCGGACAGUGAGACCCGAACCCGCCUGAUUGAUGCGAUUAGACCAAUCUUGCCUUCAAUUCGUCAGACACCUCACGGUCGUCGCAUUGCUGGCAAGAUGAUGGCAGCAGAAGGUUCCGGGAGGGGAAGUGCUACAACUAGCGGACAAGUCACCCCGAACGAGAUGAAUUCGGCUCAGCUUCCUGGACCUUUGCAAGGUAACCAGAAACCAUUCUUGUAUCAACAUCCCUCUUUUCCCAUAGGCAGUGCUCAGUUUGGUGUUGGUUCUACGACCAAUACUCCGUCCGGGGGACCAAACGAAACCCCCUCUGGGAUCUUCACUCCUCCAGUCCAACACUCGAACGGCAGUCUUAAUGCUCAAGGUCAGCUGUAUGCAUACUUUUGA